GGUGACUUUUGGAUCUCAAGCAAAGGCGGGAAGGCAAAGGUUCAUAUUCAAGUGUGUUUAGGAUAAAAGGACUAUUCAGAUGUCAAGCUUAUCGAAAGACUGUAAUAAAUACUUUCACACAAAGAAUCUAUAUGAAAUUCUAGAAGUGGCUAAAGACUGUUCGAAAGCCGAACUUCGCAAAGCUUUCUACAAAUUGUCUCUCGUUCAUCAUCCUGAUCGUCAUGACAACGACUCGAAAUCGGAAGCAACGAAAAAAUUUCAAGUAUUGUCUAGAAUCUAUUCGUACUUAGAUGAUGAUGAGAAACGCAAAAUUUACGAUGAAACAGGUGUAAUCGAUGAAGAAGAUGAGAUUGCUGGCAAAUCCUAUGAUGAUUGGUUGGAUUAUUGGCGACUUUUGUUCCCUAGAAUAACACCCACACAGAUUGAUGAGUAUCGUCAGAAGUAUGUGGGAAGUGAAGAAGAAACUGAGGAGUUGAUCAAAAUUUACAAUAGUUCUAAAGGAGAUAUGGAUACUAUAAUGGAAUCCUUAAUACUGGUAAAUUAUGAAGAUGAACCGAGAAUCCGUAGCCUCAUUGACAAACUGAUCUCUGAUCAGAGAAUUAAAGCUUUCAAGAAUUAUACACAUGAACCACCGGAGAAGGCAGCAAAAAGAGCGAAGAGAGCCUUACAGGAAAAGAAGUUGUUUGAGAAACAACAGAAGAAUAAUAAGAAUAAGAAACUCAAGAAGAGUAACGAUGAUGACGGCUUAGAUUCACUGGCCAAGGCGAUUCAAAGUCGACAUGCGAAUGCAUUACAGUCGUCAGAGAAUUUUCUAGAUAAGAUUGCAGAGAAAUACGCUGCAAUACAUUCAUCGUCGUCUGCUGCUGCUAAAAAGCAAAAACGCAAGACAACGACGACGACUACCAGUGCUACUGCUGCUGCUAAGAAGAAGAAAAAAUAAGCAUCAACUCGUCUUUGGUAAAAAAAAUUCUAUUUUCUUCAAUCAAUCAAUAUUUCUGAUAACAAGAGAUCCCACAUGUAUAUACACUCAUUUUUAUGUUCUUUGUUGGCUUUCAACCUUCUGUCAAAGAAAGAAAUGAAAAAAAAAAUAAGCAAAGAUUUAUAACUGUCUUAAACAGUAUAAUAUGAAAUGUAUAUAUAUACCCCUU